UCUUGUGCAUGCAGAAUAUUUUUUAUUAAAAACAAAAUUAAUUUUUUUAUUUUUAAUUUUUGAAUUUUUGUAAUGAGCAUGAACGAACCCCACCACUUGCUGUAUUGAUUGGCAAUUGUUUAAGGCAAAUGGAAAAACAAACAAACAAUGAAAGCCAUAAUUUCUUUUUGGGAGUGGGAGGGUGUGUGAGGCAGAGUUUUGAGUAAUCAUGCCUAACUUUUCCUUCUUCACUAGUUGUAAUCAAUUCUGGCCUAAACCAAACCAAACCCACCUUCAAAAUCAUCCAAUAAACAUUCCCAAAACAUCAAAAUCCAAUCUUGAAAGGCUCCUUCUCCUACUCAUGAAUCUUCUCUUCUUUGUUGUUUUCCUCUUCUUCACUUAUGGAUUUUCUUCUGAGCCUGGUGUUGGUAUUGGCUACCAACUAAUGGUAGCAGUUCCUGUGAUUUAUGACAGUGAUUUCAAAGGGAGAGGUUUUCUUGUGGAGACUAAUCACACAACAACAAAACCAAACUUCAGAGUUGCAUUGAGCAUUGAUCCAUUUAAUGGUAGAUACACAUGCUCAUUGCAGGUUUUCCUUGGUGAUGUUAAGGUUUGGGAUUCUGGACACUACUCAAGGUUCUUUACCACUGAGAAAUGCUUGCUGGAGAUAACUAUGGAUGGUGAUUUGAUGCUCAAAGGUCCAAAAGAACAUGUUGGGUGGAAGACUGGUACUACUGGACAAGGUGUGAAGAGGUUGGAGAUACAGAAAACAGGUAAUCUAGUGCUUGUGGAUGCAAUGAACAAUAUCAAAUGGCAGAGUUUCAAUUUUCCAACUGAUGUUAUGCUUGAAGGCCAGGUACUUGAUGUCGCGACUCGCUUGACAUCUUUCCAAAGCAACACAAGCCUGUUCUACUCUUUCGAAAUUGAGGAAAACAGGGUUGCCCUGUACUUAAACUCCGGUAAUUUGAGGUAUUCUUAUUGGCAUUUUCAGCCUUCCAUGAACAGAAGUAUUUCAUAUAUUAAGCUGAUCUCAACAGGGUUGGCAUUGUUCAAUGUCAAAUACAAGAAAAUUGCAGAAAUCCAAUCGAAUCGUAUUCAUCCGUUAAGUUUCUUAGCACUCAAGAAUGAUACAGGAAACUUCGGCCUAUAUUACUAUUCGCCGGAGAAAGCGAAUUUUCAGGCCUCUUUUCAAGCACUCAACAGCACAUGUGAUCUUCCUAUAGCUUGCAGGCCUUAUGGAAUUUGCACAUUCUCCAAUUCCUGCUCAUGUAUUCAGAUUCUCUCGAAGGACGACAAUGAAAUCAGUUCGGACUGCAGCAGUGCUGUUUCUGGCAGCUUUUGCGACGGAAAACAAGCCGAAAUCAUAGAGCUAGACAAUGUGAAUAGUGUGCUAAAGGGUGUUCCUAAAAUGGUCAAAAUAAGCAAAGAAGAAUGUGGAAAUUUGUGCUUAGAGGAUUGUAAAUGUGCUUCAGCCUUGUAUUUUAGGAAUGCAAGCACAAAUGUGGAAGAAUGCUAUAUUUACAGAUUAGUCCUUGGACUAAAACAGGUAGAUAAAGGGACAGGGUUUAGUUAUAUGGUUAAGGUUCCAAAGGGAAGUGGUAGAAAUCAUGAGAAGCAUAAUAAUAAUAAUAAUGUGAAAAGAUGGGUUUUGAUUUUGGUAGGAGUGGUUGAUGGAGUUAUUAUUUUGGUUAUUGUUGGAGGGUUUGGAUACUGGUUGAUCAAAAGGAGAACUCAUACCUUUCAUUCUCAGGCCACUGCUUCAUGAAUCAUGAGCUGUUCAUCAAUGUCACAGGUUCAAUUUAUGGUUUUCCAUUUGGUUUUGGUUUUGGUCCUUGCUGGGUCAGUUUGUAUGACGCUUCACAAGGAUCAAAACCAAAAUCACGAAUUUUUCGGGAUUAAAAGUUUGUUCAACAAAGAAGAUAGAUAAAUAAUUUAUUUAAACAUGUAAAGAAUUUUGGUUGAUUUGGAUAGAAUGACAUUCAUAGAUCACCCCAUGUAAUUGAAAAUUUUUGGUGAAGUCUGAACACAAGUUGCUGGAUAUCACCAACUAGCACAUAGUUUUUUUUUUUUAAUAAAA